GUCGCCCCUCGUCUCUCGGACGCGCCACAGGUUUCCGCUUACCUCUGGCCGGGGGUCGGGAACUGCGGGCGUCAGUUUACCUCAAGAUGGCGGAUGAGGAGACCGGGGGUGCGGAGAGGAUGGAGAUCAGCACUGACUUGUCCCAGACCCCUCAGCGACUGGCAUCUGUGUGGGAUCAGCAAAUUGAUUUUUAUACUGCUUUCUUGCAUCAUUUGGCACAAUUGGUGCCAGAAAUUUAUUUUGCUGAAAUGGACCCAGACUCAGAAAAGCAGGAAGAGAGUGUACAAAUGUCAAUAUUCACUCCAUUGGAAUGGUACUUGUUUGGAGAAGAUCCAGAUAUUUGCUUAGAGAAAUUGAAGCAUAGUGGAGCAUUUCAACUCUGUGGGAAGGUUUUCAAAAGUGGAGAGACAACAUAUUCUUGUAGAGACUGUGCAAUUGAUCCAACAUGUGUACUCUGUAUGGACUGCUUCCAGAAGAGUGUUCAUAAAAAUCAUCGUUACAAGAUGCAUACUUCUACUGGAGGAGGGUUUUGUGACUGUGGAGACACAGAGGCAUGGAAAACUGGCCCUUUUUGUGUAAAUCAUGAACCUGGAAGAGCAGAUACUACAAAAGAGAAUCCACGUUGUCCAUUAAACGAAGAGGUAAUUGCCCAAGCCAGGAAAAUAUUUCCUUCAGUGAUAAAAUACAUUGUAGAAAUGACUAUAUGGGAAGAGGAAAAAGAACUGCCUCCUGAACUCCAGAUAAGGGAGAAAAAUGAAAAAUACUAUUGUGUUCUUUUCAAUGAUGAACACCAUUCAUAUGACCAUGUCAUAUACAGCCUACAAAGAGCUCUUGACUGUGAACUCGCAGAGGCCCAGUUGCACACCACUGCCAUAGACAAAGAGGGUCGUCGGGCUGUUAAAGCAGGUGCUUAUGCUGCUUGCCAGGAAGCAAAGGAAGAUAUAAAGAGUCAUUCAGAAAACGUCUCUCAACAUCCACUUCAUGUAGAAGUAUUACACUCUGGGGUUAUGGCUCAUCAGAAAUUUGCUUUGCGUCUUGGCUCCUGGAUGAACAAAAUUAUGAGCUAUUCAAGUGACUUUAGGCAGAUUUUUUGCCAAGCAUGCCUUAGAGAAGAACCUGGCUCUAAGAAUCCCUGUCUGAUAAGCAGGUUAAUGCUUUGGGAUGCAAAGCUUUAUAAAGGUGCCCGUAAGAUUCUUCACGAAUUGAUCUUCAGCAGUUUUUUUAUGGAGGUGGAAUACAAAAAACUCUUCGCUAUGGAAUUUGUGAAGUAUUAUAAACAGCUGCAGAAAGAAUAUAUCAGUGAUGAUCAUGACAGAAGUAUCUCUGUAACUGCCCUCUCAGUUCAGAUGUUUACUGUUCCUACUCUGGCUCGACAUCUUAUUGAAGAGCAGAAUGUUAUCUCUGUCAUUACUGAAACUCUGCUAGAAGUUUUACCUGAGUACUUGGACAGGAACAAUAAAUUCAACUUCCAGGGUUAUAGCCAAGACAAAUUGGGAAGAGUAUAUGCAGUAAUAUGUGACUUAAAGUAUAUUCUGAUCAGCAAGCCCACAAUAUGGACAGAAAAGUUAAGAAUGCAGUUCCUUGAAGGUUUUCGAUCUUUUUUGAAGAUUCUUACCUGUAUGCAGGGAAUGGAAGAAAUCAGAAGACAGGUUGGACAACACAUUGAAGUGGAUCCUGACUGGGAGGCUGCCAUUACUAUACAGAUGCAAUUGAAGAAUAUUCUACUCAUGUUCCAAGAGUGGUGUGCUUGUGAUGAAGAACUCUUACUUGUGGCUUAUAAAGAAUGUCAUAAAGCUGUAAUGAGGUGCAGUACAAGUUUCAUAUCUGGUAGCAAGACACUAGUACAGUUGUGUGGUCAUACUUUGGAAACUAAGUCUUACAGAGUAUCUGAGGAUCUUGUAAGCAUACAUCUGCCACUUUCUAGGACUCUUGCUGGUCUUCAUGUGCGUUUGAGCAGGCUGGGUGCUGUUUCAAGACUACAUGAAUUUGUGCCUUUUGAGGACUUUCAAGUAGAGGUGCUAGUGGAAUAUCCUUUGCGUUGUCUGGUAUUGGUUGCCCAGGUUGUUGCUGAGAUGUGGCGAAGAAAUGGGCUGUCUCUCAUUAGCCAGGUGUUUUACUACCAAGAUGUUAAGUGUAGAGAAGAAAUGUAUGAUAAAGAUAUCAUCAUGCUUCAGAUUGGUGCAUCUUUAAUGGAUCCCAACAAGUUCUUGUUACUGGUACUUCAGAGGUAUGAACUUGCUGAUGCUUUUAACAAGACCAUAUCUACAAAAGACCAGGAUUUGAUUAAACAGUAUAAUACAUUAAUAGAAGAAAUGCUUCAGGUCCUCAUCUAUAUUGUGGGAGAGCGUUAUGUACCUGGAGUGGGAAAUGUGACCAAAGAAGAGGUCACAAUGAGAGAAAUUAUUCACUUGCUUUGCAUUGAGCCCAUGCCACAUAGUGCCAUUGCCAAAAAUUUACCUGAAAAUGAAAACAACGAAACUGGCUUAGAGAAUGUCAUAAACAAAGUAGCCACAUUUAAGAAACCAGGUGUAUCAGGCCAUGGAGUUUAUGAACUGAAAGAUGAAUCAUUGAAAGACUUCAAUAUGUACUUUUAUCAUUACUCCAAAACACAGCAUAGCAAGGCUGAACAUAUGCAGAAGAAAAGGAGAAAACAAGAAAACAAAGAUGAAGCAUUGCCACCACCACCACCUCCUGAAUUCUGCCCUGCUUUCAGCAAAGUGGUUAACCUUCUCAACUGUGAUAUCAUGAUGUACAUUCUCAGGACCAUAUUCGAGCGGGCAAUAGACAUAGAUUCUAACUUGUGGACUGAAGGGAUGCUCCAAAUGGCAUUUCAUAUUCUGGCAUUAGGUUUAUUAGAAGAGAAGCAACAGCUUCAGAAAACUCCUGAAGAAGAAGUGACAUUCGACUUUUACCAUAAGGCUUCAAGAUUGGGAAGUUCAGCCAUGAAUGCUCAGAAUAUACAAAUGCUUUUAGAAAAACUCAAAGGAAUUCCCCAGAUAGAAGGCCAGAAGGACAUGAUAACAUGGAUACUCCAGAUGUUUGACACAGUGAAGCGAUUAAGAGAAAAAUCUUGUUUAAUUGUAGCAACUACAUCAGGAUUGGAAUCUAUUAAGAAUGAUGAGAUUACUCAUGAUAAAGAAAAAGCAGAACGAAAAAGAAAAGCUGAAGCUGCUAGGCUACAUCGCCAGAAGAUCAUGGCUCAGAUGUCUGCCUUACAGAAAAACUUCAUUGAAACUCACAAACUCAUGUAUGACAACACGUCAGAAAUGCCUGGGAAAGAAGACUCCAUUAUGGAGGAAGAGAGCACCCCAGCAGUCAGCAACUACUCUAGAAUUGCUUUGGGUCCUAAACGGGGUCCAUCUGUUACUGAAAAGGAGGUGCUGACAUGCAUCCUCUGUCAAGAAGAACAAGAGGUGAAAAUAGAAAAUAAUGCCAUGGUAUUAUCAGCCUGUGUCCAGAAAUCCACCACCUUAACCCAGCACAGGGGGAAACCCAUAGAACUCUCAGGGGAAACCUUGGACCCACUUUUUAUGGAUCCAGACUUGGCAUAUGGAACUUAUACAGGAAGCUGUGGUCAUGUAAUGCAUGCAGCAUGCUGGCAGAAGUACUUUGAAGCUGUACAGCUUAGCUCUCAGCAGCGCAUUCAUGUUGACCUUUUUGACUUGGAGAGUGGAGAAUAUCUUUGCCCUCUUUGCAAAUCUCUGUGCAAUUCUGUAAUCCCCAUUAUCCCUUUGCAACCUCAAAAGAUAAACAGAUCCAAGAUCCAUCUAAAUCCAGUAAACCAGUUUCUCUGGCCAGAGGAACUGGGAAAAGGGGCCCCACUGUUCCAAAGAGUGCAAGGCGAAAACCCAACAAUUCCUGUCUUGUUUAAUCAAGGAAUGGGAGAUUCCACUUUUGAGUUUCACUCCAUCCUGAGUUUUGGAGUGCAGUCUUCGAUCAAAUAUUCUAAUAGCAUCAAGGAAAUGGUCAUUCUCUUUGCCACAACAAUUUAUAGAAUUGGACUGAAAGUGCCUCCUGAUGAAAUGGAUCCUCGAAUCCCCGUGAUGACUUGGAGCACAUGUGCUUUCACUAUCCAGGCAAUUGAAAACCUAUUGGGAGAUGAAGGAAAACCUCUGUUUGGAGCACUUCAAAAUAGGCAGCAUAAUGGUCUGAGAGCCUUAAUGCAGUUUGCAGUUGCACAGAGGAUUACCUGUCCUCAGGUCCUGAUACAGAAAUAUCUGGUUCGUCUCUUAUCAGUUGUUCUUCCUAACCUAAAACCAGAAGAUACACCAUGCCUUCUAUCUAUAGAUCUGUUUCAUGUUUUGGUAGGUGCUGUGUUAGCGUUCCCAUCUUUGUAUUGGGAUGACACUGUUGAUCUGCAGCCUUCAUCAAUUAGUUCUUCCUAUAACCACCUUUAUCUCUUCCAUUUGAUCACAAUGGCACACAUGCUUCAGAUACUUCUUACCAUAGACACAGGUCUCCCUCUUGCUCAGGUUCAAGAAGACAGUGAAGAGGCUCAUUCUGCAUCUUCUUUCUUUGCAGAAGUUUCUCAAUAUACAAGUGGCUGCAUUGGGUGUGGUAUUCCUGGCUGGUAUUUGUGGGUUUCAUUGAAGAAUGGCAUCACCCCUUACCUUCGCUGUGCUGCACUGUUUUUCCACUAUUUACUUGGGGUAACUCCACCUGAAGAACUGCUAACCAAUUCUGCAGAGGAAGAGUACAAUGCACUCUGUAGCUAUCUAUCUUUACCUACAAAUUUGUUCCUGCUUUUCCAGGAAUAUUGGGAUACUGUAAGGCCCUUGCUCCAGAGGUGGUGUGCAGAUCCUGCUUUACUAAACUGUUUGAAGCAAAAAAGCACUGUGGUCAGGUAUCCUAGAAAAAGAAAUAGUUUGAUAGACCUUCCUGAUGACUAUAGUUGCCUCUUAAAUCAAGCUUCUCAUUUCAGGUGCCCACGGUCCGCAGAUGAUGAACGAAAGCAUCCAGUCCUCUGUCUUUUCUGUGGGGCCAUACUAUGUUCUCAGAACAUUUGCUGCCAAGAAAUUGUAAAUGGGGAAGAAGUCGGAGCUUGCAUUUUUCAUGCACUUCACUGUGGAGCAGGAGUCUGCAUUUUCCUAAAAAUCAGAGAAUGCAGAGUGGUCCUGGUUGAAGGUAAAGCCAGAGGUUGUGCCUAUCCAGCUCCUUACUUGGAUGAAUAUGGAGAAACAGACCCUGGCCUGAAGAGGGGCAACCCCCUUCAUUUAUCUCGUGAGCGGUAUCGGAAACUCCAUUUGGUCUGGCAGCAACACUGUAUUAUAGAAGAGAUUGCUAGGAGCCAGGAAACUAAUCAGAUGUUAUUUGGAUUCAACUGGCAGUUACUAUGAGCUCCAACUCCGCCUCAAGACAAUCAUGAAUGACGACAGUAAUAAAGACUGAUUCAAAAUUAUGGAGACCUUUCUGAGGGCUGGGGAAGUGCUGGAGGGUCUUUUACUCCAUGUCCACAUUCACGUACAUCAGUAAAAUAUUCCUUAAUAGAAUAUUGCUUUCAAUUAGCAAACAUAUGCUUCAAAGGAAAAAAGGACAUAUAUUAUUGAUCUGUUUUAUGUUCUAGAACACUAAAGAAAUGUUUGUUCACCCCAAGUGUCAGAUUCUACAAAUAUUUCCAGGAAACUAAUUCCCCUUCACAAUCUGUCCCAUUUCAUUUCACUUCGUUCACCUUGUAAAUGAAGUCACAUCAAGCAGUUGUGGACAUUUUUACAUGUUCUGCAAUUUUUUUUUUUUUUUUUUUUAAUUGACGGCUGGCCUAUAAGGAAUUCCAAACCCUUGACCUUGGUCUUCUGCAAUUUUGUAUUUGAUGUUUUCUACUCAAGUUUAGUUUAGCUAAUAUCAGAUCAUUGACAAGAUUCUAAUAAUCUGUGAUAGCCCUCCUUGCAGCUAAAGAGGAAUUGCAGAAACCAUGCAGUAUAAGUAUACUUUAGUUGAGAAAGAUUUCAAAAAAGUAAAUAUUUUAUUUAUCUUUUAAGGAAACACCCUUAAUGUUCCACCUGCUGCUUUAGCCACAGAUUAAACUAAAUCUCUGUGUGAACAGCGUGCAAUUUUUGCCAGUGUGGAAAAGCUUUUUUCCCACUGUAGACAUCAAAAAGAGUUAGGACAAUGUAUUCGUUAUUCAUUCCUGAUGGUACAGAAAGCCUGUAAUCCUCACCUCUGUCUACAAGUAGCUUUAUUGAGUUUUGAAAUAAAAUUUUCCAUUUUCCGAAGGCAAGUUUCUAUAAUGAGAUCACUUGGAUCUUGAUUGUGGCACCAUUAUUUGACUCUCAGAAACCUGUGACAGUUCUGAUGUAAACUAUUUGUAGAAUGAGGAUAAGAAAAUUCUCCCAAUGAAUAGAACAUGACAGUUGUAAAUUAAAACAAUCAGAUUUAAGCCAGUUCUACAACCUUCUAUGUCUUUGUAAAAGACAAAUACUUGUUGUUAUCUGUGUGCAACCUUUUCGUAAACUCUGGUUUUAUAACUAGUAUAAACAACCAGAAAAGCCAUGUGAUCAACAGUGUGCGUCCUAUUAUAACAUGCUGUGGUUGAGCCUCUUGUUUAUAAAUAAUAGAGCUCUCCUGAAUCUGUGCAUAGACUUCUUGGUUCUUGGCUUUAACUUUUUAUAUCAAGAACUUGAGAUAUAAAACAGCAGACAGAAGAUAAAUUGAAACCUACAUUUUAGCUUCUCUUGUCUCUGGGAUAACGUUAGGAGUUUGAAAGAUGCAUUCAAAGACUAUAUCAUAUUUUGCCUUUGGCUACUAUUGUCUUAUAGAUGUGUGUAAAUGUUUUCCUACCUUCUUUUUGUUCAGCAGAGGCAAGCAGGUAAAAAUACAUUUGCUAAGUGAUUAAUGGUGCACAUUUGGGACUGGAUUUCUUGGUAUUUCUAUGUAAAGAAAAGUGGAUUUUGUAGUAAAGGAUUGGCAUGAGCAGGCAUCAUAAUCACAUUCAUGAUUUUCUACUUGAAUUAUUACUAUUGAGAAGUUAUCAGGAAUAGAUACAACUCUAGCGAACAAUUUGUAAUUAAUGGGCAAGGAUCAGGAAACUCAGUAUUCAGUUUGUGAGAUUUGCCAGUAUGGUUAAAUGAAUUGAACUUUUCCCUUUGUUUCUUAUUUAAUUUUGUGGAAUGGAUUGUUUGGCUGGAAGUCUGGGCUAGAAUAGGCAACAGAAGAUGCUGACUUCUGCCCUGAGUGGUCCCAGCUUAGCAAAGAUAAACUGACUUUAUUUCUAGUCUUUUUAUACUCACUUGAUAAAUCCUGGAAUUAAGCUCUCCAGCUGCCAGAAGGACUAGGUGGCAAUGGCCAGCCAGAGCUUUACUGCCAAAGAACCCCUUUCAUAUUGAGUUCUGCUUGCUGAGAUUGAUUCAGACCUCUGCACUGUAGAUGAACAUAUGUCUCAGUGCUGCCCCCAGCCCAAGGGAUUUUUAAUUAUAUUUUAAUGUCCUGGUGGUUUGCCUUCAUCAUUGCAAACAAUUUAAUCAUGCUUAUGAAGUUUACUUACAAACAAGCAACUGAGUCACUUUAUUUUCUUUAGUAUAGUAUGUGAAGGAACUGGAUCAACAGAUGGCUCCAAAACUGUGUUUUUCUAAUGUUUGUUGAGGGGCUGGCAAGAACUUUAAUGAUACAGUGAAGAAAAACAUAUCUGUAUAAUUAAUUUAUUAUGUUGGUGUAUGGGCUGUGAGUUCACCUUUCAGUGGUCAUUUGUCAUUUCAUAACAACUAUGCAUUUUGGUUCACUGUGAUGAUCUAUAUGUAGUGACUGCAACAUGUUUAUACCACUGAUUCAAAUUCCAUCCAUGAUGAAAUUAUACAAAUAAUUCAUAUAUUGAUAUCUUUUAUUGCAAAAAUGUAAAUUAAAAACUUGUAUAAUGUUCUUGUGCUUUUUGAAAUAAAAUAUCUUAUAUGUG